GAGCCUCUGAGAUUUCCACCAGAGGCAUCAGAUCAGCAUCUGAUCCGGCUCCGUCAUGGCGUACGGACAGAUCCUCGGUCCACAUAGCCCUGAUGACUGCUGCAUCACCGUCAAUGUCGGUGGUUUCAGACAGCGGAUGGAGCACGACGUCCUGAGAAGGUUCCCGCAGACGCGUCUCGGUCGCCUUCUCUGCUGCAGCUCCAAAGAAGCGAUCCUGGAGCUCUGCGAUGACUUCAGUCCCUCUGGGAUGGAGUACUACUUCGACCGGAAUCCACGUUUCUUCUGCUACGUUCUCAACUUUUACCUCACGGGCAAAAUGCACCUGGUGGACGGGUUGUGCAUCGUGUCUUUUACUCAAGAGAUCGAGUACUGGGGCAUCAAAGAGCGCUACCUGGAUUGCUGCUGCACAAAUAAAUUCUAUGAGCUGAUGGAGCAAGCUGAGGAUAACAGGUGGGAUCAGAGGAGUGAUGAUGUGCAGCUCAAUGGCUCAGAAUCGUCUAUCGAGACUCUGUCGGCUUCAGAGGACGAUGUAGAAAUGUUCGAGGGCUCCUGGUGUGCAGAUUAUCGGAGGAACAUUUGGAUCCGUCUUGAGAAUCCAGGUCACUCCACUUCAGCCAAAGUUAUAGCCAUUGCAUCCCUUAGUGUUGUCAUCAUCUCUAUUAUUGCCAUGUGCGUCCACAGCAUCCCAGACUCUCAUGAGAAGGAUCCCAAUGAGCCGAAGGUUGAAAACCUGGUGUUGACUUUCUUUGAGACCGUCUGUGUUCUGUACUUCUCUGCAGAGUUUAUCCUCCGUUUGGCUGUCGCACCAUCAGCUAGGAAGUUCUUGUGCAACAUGCUGAACAUCAUCGACUUGAUGUCAAUCCUUCCCUUCUACGUCACUUUAGCCUAUGGUCCAAUGGACGAAGGGGAGAACACAGAACUGGAGAAUGUGGGCAAAGUGGUGCAGAUCUUGAGGUUGAUGCGAGUGUUUCGUAUCCUGAAACUCGCACGUCACUCAGCCGGUCUCCGCUCUCUUGGCGCCACGCUGCUACACAGCGCCAACGAAAUCGGACAGCUGGUGCUUUUCUUGUUUGUCGGCAUUUCCACGUUUUCUGUUCUCAUUUACUUUGCAGAACGGGAAUCUAAUGAGUCACAGCUGCAGACCGUCCCCAUAUGCUGGUGGUGGGCCACCAUUAGUAUGACUACGGUGGGCUACGGUGACACCUUUCCUGUUACUCUGGCCGGGAAGCUGAUAGGAACUCUGUGUAUCGUCUGUGGGCUGCUGAUUGUCGCUCUGCCCAUCACAAACAUCUUCAACAAAUUCUCUAAGUUUUAUCAGAAGCAGAAACACAUUGAUCUCAGACAGAGCAUUAAGUGAACACAGAGCAAGUUAAGGAGAGUAUUAAGAUGGUGUCCAAACUUUAUCUGACAAACUCCAACUAAUCCUGAGACGCUGUAUAGAAGGCAGUGACACAUGCAGGAAAUGCAUAGUUAGUUGCACAAUGCUGUGUGUUGAUUUCGCCUUCACUAAAUGCAGGCGUAGUUUUCAAAGUCAAUAAGUCCUUUUUUCAGUUUGGGACAUUUUUGUCAAUGUGUUGCAGUCACCUGAGGCUGGUAACGAGGAAGUCUAUUAAAGCUAACAAAGACAGGAAAUGCCCAAAGUCUAUCUCAAGGGAUUUACACAAUGCAGACAUGUUUUCAAUGAAAGACUCAAAUUCGUAGGAGGGGGGCUGUGUAGGAUUAUGCUCUGAUAAACUGAAACUAUGAAAUAGAAUCCGAGUUUUUUAGUCAUAGCUUUCAAUGGACGUAUAUAUCCUCAAGGACCGGUACAUGUGCUCUCUCAAGCACCAAAUACAAAGCCGCUAACUGUGUGCAUUGAAAACACUGACUGGACUCCACUUUAACUACGUCCCAGGAGAACGUGAUGCAAAGCUGGACGAUAUGUUGCUUUCACGCAGAAGUUAGCUUGAGGAAAGCUGCAGACUCUGGAAGCAUGGGGCGAAAAAUUGCGUUGAUAUCUGCCUGUAUGCUUGCGAUGCUAAUCCAGAAAGCACAAGCAGAGUAUGUUGUUAAAGUUAUGCCAGACACCUCUAGUCUUUGCACAAUCUUGAUGUCAGUGAGUCAAAUUUCUUGGGAUUGAAGUCAUGGGGUCAUCCCAAUGUUCCAACAUUUCUAGGAUAUUUUCAAAAUGAGGUCUUGUGUUCCUACAUUUCCCUUCAAU